AUGUCGGGCGCGGCGGAGCCGGAGGCGGCGGCGCCGGUGUCGGCGGCGUCGCAGGAGGAGAGCGAGGACGAGAGCGAGGUGCUGGAGGAGAGUCCCUGCGGCCGCUGGCAGAAGCGCAAGGAGCAGGUAGCGGCGGCGGAGCCGAGGGCGGGCAGCUCCCGGAGACACCGGGCCGCGGGGUCCCCUGGCCGCCCCCACCAGCGGCAGGAGGGGCGCCCGAGGGUCUGCGCUGCGCUUCCGGCGCGCCCGGGCUGCCCCCCAUCCUGCAGCGGGGACCGGGCAGGGCUUCCUGGGUGCCGGGCGAGCGGGGUCUGCACCCGCGCCGGUGCCUCCCUGCCCGACUCCCCUCGCCUCGGCGGCGUCGCUGUUCUGGCUUGCUGGGUCCCCGCGCCAAGCCGGCGAGGUGGGCGCACGAGGGGGGCAGCAGAGCGGGGUCCCGGGACCCGUCGGAGCACCUCGCAGUCGCCUCCCCUCCCCGCCCCCCGCCUGGAGGGGGAGCCGCGGGGCUCCUGCAAAACAGGGCAGCGGGGCAGCCCCGGUGCGGAGCCGGGGAGAGGGGUGCUUCCGCUCGGGCGCUUGUCCCGGCCUCUCGUGGGCUGCUUAUCUGGAUGUGGCGCCCCAGAAGCGAAGUGGGGCCGGGAGGGAGAGGCAGAGUCCUGGGGGCGGCAGUGGGCUCUGCCCUCUUGGCUCUUGCGCCCCCCUUAGCCAGCCCCGCUUCGCCCCAUAUUCCCUCCUGUUGCACACAGACAGAGCAUGUCUUUGACUGGGUCCCUGCCUACCUGAACCAAUCUCUCCUUGUCAGGACCCGUCUAAAGGCAACAAGAUCAGGAGGAAGCCUCCGAGUCCCCCUCCAUUUGGAGAAGGGGCGCCCUCCCCCUGGCAGAGGACCCACCUUCAUCGCACGGGUGCAGAGCCCCCCCCCUUGCCCUUCCCCCAGGCGCCUCUGGUGCUCCUGCUCCUGAUAAGGCCCAUGUUUACCUUCAGGGGAGGCUCCCAGGGAGGCCUGCCUGCCCAGUGUUGGGGGUCCUGCCCCAUGGGCCCCCAGCCACGAUAGUGGCGGGGGCAGCCGGGAGCCAGCUGGUCACACAGCAUUCAGCACAGAGCAGCUGGGAAGAGGGGCUCUGGUGGGAUCUGUUUGCUCAGUGCAGGCCAUCUCACUUCCUCCUAGGCUAGGCCUGCCCCACAGCAGGCAGGCAGUGUGGCCCCCUCCUCCUUAUCGCUGCAAGCCCCAUCAUGCCUCCCUCUGCCAACAUUGCGGGGGGGGGGGCUCCUCUUUGUGCUGCCGCCCCUGAACUAGUCAGAGCAGAGUCUGGAAAACUGUGAGAGGCUCAGCGUGGCUUAACCUGCCUGGGAAUGUGGCUCCCUGAGCUGCACUCUGCACUCGCCCAGAGACACACCUGAGAUUUUGUCUGUGUUUCUGCUGGCCAGCUGACCAGGACUGAGCUCUCUCUCCUCUUCCGGGGUCUCCUUUCUGCCCUCCCCCAGUGCCUGUCUCAGGAUCGCUCUGCAGCAGGGAGGGCUGCUGGGACCCUGCCAUUGCCACGCUCUCCGAGUGCCAGGGAAGAGGAUCCUGCCCAGGUGGCCUCGCUGCCGCUCUGAGGCACAGGGUGAGGCUCCUGCUCUUGGCUCUACCCAGUGCCAGAGAGGCUCUUGCCCUCAUGGUCGCUCGUUCCCGGGCCUCUGCGCACAGAGUGGCUGCAUCACAGUCCAAAGGGUCUCAGGAGCCAAGGCCUUUGCUGGCAGAAUGCAAAGACAGGCUGGCGCAUCCUAGGCAAGGCAGGGCGAUUUCUUCUGUGCUGACCUCCCCACCUCCACUGUUUGCAAAGCCUUGGCAGCUUCAGGCUUCCAUUGGCACAAAACGGGUUUAUGGAACCGCCUGCCACUGGCCUGGCUGAUGCCACUGGCACCAAGAGCUGAAGUGUCCACAGUCCCUGCUAUGACCCACCUCCUGCCCAGGGGGGCUUCUCCCUCAUGGGGGUGACCACCAUUGCCAAAGCUGCCUCAGGAGCCUGGCCCACUCAUUGGGCUCCUCGCUCUGGCUUCUGGGGACAAGCCUAGUUGUGCUGGUGUCCCUCUGGGGCUACUCCCUCUGGGGCUGGGGCAGACUUCUGGAGCCCCACAGGGCCAGAUUUGUGAUCCCUGUCUUCUGAAAGAAAAUGUCAGUGUAGAGAAUGGGAAGCUUGGAGGGUUUUUUUAAAAAAUAUAUAUAUACUCAAGCAAUAUAUGCCAUUCAUGGAAAAAAUGCCUAGAACAAGCUGUGGGUCUGGCCUGCCCCUCUCUCCCUCUCCGCUUUGCCUCCCGCCAGCCGCCCUCCACUUCUGCUCCUCGGUGGAGGAUCCUAGAAUAAGCAUGGGUGGGGUGCCAUGGGUGGAGGGAGUGGGUGCUUGUGCAAGCCAGGAGGCCCACAGGUGACCUCUGCAGAACAGCUGCUUAUCUUGCAGCAGACCUGGGCUCUGGGCUGGCUUAUCAGGGCCUCCUGCUGUGCCAGGCUUAGAGGAGGGGGGAGGGGGCUUUGGCCUUCAGUUCGGCCUUCAGCCCCUCCAGACCUGCUGCCUGCCUGCCCAGCCUGCUCCACUUUGCUCUGGAAUGAGGCCUGUUGAGGAAUUAUUAUUAUUAUUAUUAUUAUUAUUAUUAUUAUUAUUACUGCCUUCUUCCCCUACAGGGUCUCAGGGCAUAUUACAGAUAAAAUACAAGCAGCUAAAAUAUAGGGGGGAAAGCAAUAAUUUAAAAACAAUUAAACAUUAGUACAAUUAAACAAUAUGAACAUAAAAAGAACCACUAAAGCAUCAUUAGAAUAUGACCACCGCAGGACCAGCCCUUUCCUUAAAGAACAGUCAAAAUAAAACCGUCUUCAUCUCCUGUGGAAGGAGUGCAAGGAGGAUGCCCCUCUGGCUUCCAAGGUCCCAAAGUGGUGGGAGCCACCCCCGAGAAGGCCCUCUCCCGUGUUCCCACCCAACGUGCCUGGCUGGGUGGUGGGACCCAGGGAGGGCCUCCUUGGCAGCUUUGGGUGCAGGCUUUGCUUCCUGGAUUGUGGCCUGACUGCGUGUCUGAGGAAGGCAGGAGAGGUAGAGAGGAGGGAAAUGGAGGCGUGGUGCGGAGGCCCUCGUGGUCUCAGGUAGCCUCGGGGGGGGGAUCUCCAGCGCCUUUUGCAAAAGGGACUUCAAGGGACUUUCUUUGCAAUAGUGUCCCCUCACAAAAUGACCCUUAAAGGCCCAGGAGCAGCCCCCCCCCCCUUGGCAGCUGCCUCGCUUGCAGCUCGAUCUUAUGCUGUCGCAAGGCUUCCACAUGCCUGGUCCUGUUUGCCUCCUGGGUCUCGCAAUGCAGUUGCCAUGGCUACAGCUUCUCCAGAGCAGCUGUGGUACCCAGCCAGAUGGCCCUGCAGCAUCUUGUUGGCUGAUGAGCCAAGCCCUCUCACUCCUCAUUGGCUGCCUGGGAUGGGGGGGGAGCAGAAAGGAAGCACCUCCAGCCUCUGAAGAGGCCAGAGACUAUCUUGGUUGUGAGUUUUGGUGAACCUGCUCCCAGCCUUGCUGGCUGUUUCUCCACCUGGCCUGGGAGGAUGGAGUUCAGACUGACUCCAACUACGAAAGCGGAGGCUGCUGAACAGACUCAUGGGCUGGGGUGCUGUUUGGGUUUCUGCUGUUGUCAGGGUUGUUGCUGUUGGUUUUUUGUAUCUUUAUUUUGUAUCUUGUGAUUUAUGUGGAAACUGUUCAGUUUGGUUAUGUACUUUUUAGUAUUUCGUUUAUUGUUUAUGACCACUUUUGUUAUGUUGUUGUUAGUAUUUUUUAUUCUUGUAAGCUGCCCUGAGUCAGGGCUUUUGCCCGAGGAAUUUCUCACCAGCAUCAGCACGAUGUUCUUGUAGCAGUUGUCAGGCAUCCUUCCCCCAGAGAGGGUGGUUGUUAAGGACAUUUAUCUCACGCCUUCCCAACAGAAUGUUGCUUAAGGCAAUCAAUGAUAAAAAAAUGAAGCUCAUUAGAAUUCAAAUUAAAACAUUUAUAAACUGCACACCAAAGUUAUAAGCAGGGCUGGAAACCAAAAUGGCUUCAGUUAUAUCAACAGCCAACGCAAAGCCAGCCACUGAAAGUCAGCUGCAGAGCCAGUGGGAAAGAGCUGUUGCCUCCCCCCCCCCCCGCCUCCUGGAAGGCUGUCAAAGAGGAGGUUGAACUUCCCAGAGGGUCUCCCAAAACCUGCCUCUGGCCACUGACCCUCCUCCCCCCGGCUGCGGCUGCCCCCCAGGGUGUCUGUGUGAUGCUGCCUGCCUCCUUUCCAAUCCCUCCCUGAACCGUCAGUCUCCCAUCUGGACCCCGCCAUCCUCCCCCCCAGGAAAUGAAUUUGCUCAGCUUGCCCAGGUUCUGUCCUCGCUGUGCCUCCCCACCCUUCAUUCAUUUAAAACGGUUGUCCUCUGCCUUUCCUCAUCAAAAGCUCAAGAUGGCUGCAACAAAAGCAAACCACCAUUCAACCCUUUCAAGUCCCCUUUCCAUAAACAUUAAUAAUAACAACCAUUUUAUUAUUUGUACCCUGCUCAUCUGGCUGGGUUUCUCCAGCCACUCUGGGCCACUUACAGUACAUAUAAAUUUUUUUGUAAAACAUCAGACAUUAAAAAGUUCCCGAUACAGGGCUGCCUUCAGAUGUCUUCUAAAAGUCAUAUAGUUGUUUAUUUCCUUGACAUCUGAUGGGAGGGCAUUUUACAGGGCGGGCACCACCACCGAGAAGUCCCUCUGCCUGGUUCCCUGUAACUUGGCUUCUCGCAGUGAUGGAACCACCAGAAGGCCCUCGGAGCUGGACCUCAGUGUCCGGGCAGAACGAUGGGAGUGGAGAUGCUCCUUCAGGUAUACUGGACCGAGGCCGUUUAGGGCUUUCCUGGGAGCCAAUGUUAGUUUUUCAGGACCAAUAAAAAGAGCAGUUAAUGCAGCAAUCGAGUACCAGCAGCUGAAGUUAUUCCAAAUCAGCAGAGUAAAACAUAUGCAAUAAAUCAACCACUUGCAAACCCAAAAACCUUCUGCAAAAGGAAGGUUUUUACUUGCUUAAGGGGAGGGGGGCACAAAAGGGUGGUCUUCCUUUAGCAGGCGCUCCAGAGCCAAAGGAAAGACCGGCUCCUUCCUGCUUCCUAGCAGAGAGCAUUUCAGGGGCGGUUCAGGGGAUACACAGGGCGGGUGGCAAGAAGGUCAGAUACCCCAGUCUUGAGCCAUUUAGGACUUUAAAGCUCAUCAUUAACACUUUGAAUUCUGCCCCCCCCCCCAGUGAACGUGGAGUGGGGAGGUCACUUGGCCCCCAUAUGUGGCUGCAUUCUGGGCCCCCUGUAGCCUCUGGGGCAGGGCAGUGAAGGUGCAUGGCAGCCCCCCAGAUGGGAUGCAACAAAGGUGUGUCCGUCUUGCCAUGGCAAGCCCUGAAUCCUUCCGGAGGAGGCAAUGUGGGCACACCAGUCUGUUAGGCAAAGGCCCUCCUGGGCUCUGCUGAGCUCUCCUCCUGCAGGCUCAAGGGGGGGGUGUCUCAGAUGGAUGGCAACUCUGUCUCUAUGGUGAGAGGCAGUACAUCUCUGAGCAGGGCUUUAUGGGAUGUGUGGGGAGAGUCUUGCAUUUGGGGCUCCAACUGGAGCAUCUGACUGGCCACUGAGAGACCAGGAUGCUGGACAGUGGCCAGAUCCAGCAGCCAGGCUCUUCUCACGACCUGCGGGCCAGUGUGCUCCUCUGGCCUCUCUCUGGCUCUGGACCCUCUUCCCAGGCCAUGCCCUUCAUUGGGCUCCUGCAGUGCUUUUGCCCAGCUGAGCUGGGUCCUUGGGCUGCGCCAGUGCUGCUUGCCUGCCAGGAUGGAGAUGUCAUUGUGCAGAAACGCCGAACCUUAGUGUGGCUGCUGCUCCACCUGUUGCUCCACCCCCAUUUACAUGUGGCCCUGGAAGGUUGCCAGGAGGGAAUGUGGCCCCCAGACAUAAAGUUGCCCCACCCUGGUCAAGAGAAAUCCUCAAGGGUGUGUACCUGUGGUUCCUGGGGAGGGGCAGCCUCAGCCAGUACAGGUGGGGUCCCCAUUCCUGCUCCACCAGCACCUGUGCCAGGUCUGUGUUGGCUUUUGGCUUCUUUGCCACCUCCCAAUGCCAGAUCAGGACCUCCCCAGAUGCCUUAGCACAGGCAUCCCCAACCUCGGCCCUCCAGAUGUUUUGAACUACAAUUCCCAUCACCCCUGAUCACUGGUCCUGUUAGCUAGGGAUCAUGGCAGUUGUGGGCCAAAACAUCUGGAGGGCCGCAGGUUGGGGAUGCCUGCCUUAGCAGGACAAUGAAAGAAGAGACAGAGUUGGGUGCCACCUGCUCAUUGAGACCACAGAACUGCAAAUCCCUGGGUGACCCCCUCAGCCUGUAACCCCAACCCAGGGCAGCAGCUCAGGUGCCCAGCAGGAACCCCCAGUGUCUGGAAGUGGCCUCCCCACAGGGACCAGGACACCCUCUUUCCAGGCCCCUCUCUUCUCAGGGAGCUCGUCCAGGAGGCUGGCGUAUUUCUCUGUCCCAUUGAAAUUUAGACUGUAAACCUCUGGGGACAGGGACCUGCCCUGCCUUAAAAAACCUUCGACCCCUAUUGCGCCUGUGUGUUUCUCUGCAAAGCACGCUUCCUCUGCUUUGAGCUGUCCCCUCUCUCUGCCCUGAUUUCUUUCUCCCCCCCUUGCCCUUUGCUCCUCCUCUUCUCAGCGAUGCCACCCGUGUCCUGGCAUGCCCCCCCCCCCCGGCCACAGAGCCAGAGGCGAAAGAGCAAUGAACCCUUUUGCACCAGCAAAGCAGCCUCAGCCUUUUCCGCACAACAAUGGUGGGGGCUGUUGGAUGAAGAAAUGCCUGUGUGUUGCUCCCCCCCCCCAGUCCUUUUUGGGCUUCUGCUCCCAGGGACCCUGCCCUGGGUUUGCUUAAUAAAAAGGUGCCACAAAGACUGGCUCUGGCGUGAGUCACUCCCCCUUGGCCUCUUGUGGGGGGACACAGACCUUCAAUAAGACUUUUUUGGGGGGGGGAGUUAGUCUCACGUCCACUUUGGCUGCCCCUUUUGCAGUCCCAUCUAAGAGACUGGCAAGAGGGUGGCGCCUGUGGGGAAGGUGGGCGGAUUGCGACCUGUUUCAGUGGCAAUGGGCAGUGGGGUCCGAGGCCUUCCCUGGUUGGGCUUGGCCACUGGCCCAACUGUGGCUUCCUCUGCACCUUGGCCAGGGGGCAGGCAGGGUCCUUCCUGGCAGACGCUGCCUAUGAGACCCCCUUCCCUCUUGGUGGGUCUCCUUGGCACGGUGCCCAUGUGAGGGGUGCCCUGUUCUUGCAAGUUGCCCCAGUGUGUCAUCCCAGGCACACCUUUCUGGGCCUUUUACAGAGGGGGUCCCCAUGCCAGCUAGCCGGGCAGCCAGCAGCGGAGCCACCCCAGGGUGAAGGUGGCUGGUUUCUGGCCCUGGCAACCCCACUCCUUGGCCUGGGGGGAGGCAGGUGGCCAGGCGUGGGGGGGGGGAGGAUGGGGACAAUGGGGCCUCUUUGUUCCCCUGGCAGGAACUGGGUCAUGAGGCGCGGCUGCCAGGACGGCUCCAUCUUCCCCUCUUAAUGAACUCGGGCUGGCGCUGUGGCUGGAGGCCUUUGUCCCUCCUGGCCUGCCAAGGCAGACGUCUGCUGAUGCCCCAAGGCCUGGCAGGCGGACGGGACAGGGUGUCCUCUCUGGGCCACAAACAAUCCUGCCUUUCAGCAGGUGCUGGGCCAGCUCUUGCCUCCCCCCCCCCUUGCCAGUGCCUGCUGCUGUCGGAGGCCCCACAGCAAGCGGGCAGGUGCCCAAGGGCCAAGGGGUUGGCACAGCCCCCCUGCAGGGCAUACCCGCGGUCCCGUGUCCAGGCGCCAGCCCUCUGCCUCAACUUCCCCUGAGGCAGGAGUGGCCAGCCAGGCAGGAGAGCAGGACAGAGCCCAGGGCUGUGCUAGCAGGCUGCCUUUUGCCCUUGCCUAGCAACAGCCGGGGCCUUGUUUUUCCCACCCAUUUCUGCCAAGGAGAUGUGCUGGGUCUGGGCGCAGGUAGCUUGGCCAAUUGGGGGGCCAUGGCGAUCUUUCUUCCCCCCAGGGAACCACUGGCUACAUCCCCCCCCCCAGCAUCCUGGGAAUCUCAGUGUUUACUAAAAGAUAUCCCACUUUCCUUUGCCUGCCCUGGAUGCCACCCCCAGAGAGGCUGGGAAAGUGUGCCUCCUGCCCCAUCCCCAUCAGCUCUGUGCCCCCCACAGAGGCUGAGUAGCAGGACAGGAGCCCAAUAGGCUCCCCCCCACACACACAUGCACACCCUUCCUUGUAUUCGGAAAUAUACUGCCUUUGAUCAUGGGGGUUAGCUUAGCAAAUUUAUUAAUAGCUUCCCACAACAGAUGGUCCCACAACGAUUUAGAAGAAUAAAAUACAACGAAGCAGAAGAAAAUACAUGAACAUAUUAAGACAUAACCAAAAUAAAAGCAUCCAGUCGCUGGUGCUGCCCAGAAAGGCAAAGACAGAUUUGCAUGGUACUGAAAAUAAGACAAGCUGGAGGCAGCUGGGUCUCCUGGGGACGGGGCAUUUUCUAGCUGGGAAGCUGCUGCAGAAAAGGCCCAUUCUCUCCUCACCAGCCCUGAGGACAGAAGCAGCCAGCAGGAUCAGGCCAGUGGCCCAUCUAGUCCAGCAUCCUGUUCUCACAGUGGCCAAUCAGAUGCUUGUUGUAGGAAACCUGCAGGCAGGCUCCAGAGCAACUCUCUCCUGCUGCGCUUUCCCGCAAGGGGCAUUCAGAAGAAUUGCAGAGCUUGGCUAUUAGGACUGGGGGCCUCCACUAGCCCUGUCCUCUGGGGGGUUGUCCAAUCCUGUUUUGAAGGCCUCCAAGUUGGUGGCCAUGCCAGCCUCCCGUGGGAGAGAGUUCCACAGCUGGACUCUGGGCUGCAUGAAGGAGGACUUUCUUGGAUCUGUCCUGAAUCUUCCAGCAUUCAGCUUCACUGAAUGUCCCGGAGUUCCAGCGCUACGACGGGGAGGAAAACCUUUCCUCUCUCCACUUCCUUUGUGCCAGGCAUCCUUUCAGAGGCUGCUCUCAUGCUGCCCCUUCCUCGCCUUUUCUCUAAACUUAAAUGUCCCAAAUACUUCAACCUUCUUUCAUGGGGGAGUCGAUCCACCCCAGAUCACUUUGCUGCUCCUUUAGCUCUCCCAGGAGAUGGCACACCCAGAAGGGGCUCAGGUGAGGAUCUCUGGGGCUAGGCAGGUAAAUGUGCAGAGAGACAGUCCUCUGGGGUUAGGAGUCAGGAGCCGUGGGAGGGUUUUUUGUUUUUUUUUAAAUGAUAUUUAUUGAAAAAAGUUUUUUUAAAAAAUUACAAAGAAAAAAGACAAAACAGAAAAAUAAAAAAAUAAAACCAUCAUUUUCAAAUUCUCCACUUUCAUUACCUUCUUUCUAUGACCUUCUCCUCCUCCCUUUUCUUGUAUCUUGAUUAAUAGUUGUCACAGCAAAUCCUUUCCAUAAUUCAUAGUAUUCUGUCAUUACAUUACCUUACUCUAUUUUCAUCUUAUCUUAUAAAAAACCUUAAAGCUUAAAACUUAAAUCUUAUUUUUACCAACUUCUCAUAACCAUUACCUUUUUACCUAAUUCUUUAAACAUUUUUACAAGAGCCAAGUAAUUUCAUUUCAACAUUUUUCUAACAUUCAUCAAUUUUAUAAAACAUUCCUAAUGAUAGAAAAAGAAAUAAGAACAAUCCAAUCUUCUUCCAGCGUCCCUUCCUCCUGGUCCCGGGUUUGUCAGUCCUUUUUAUCCCAUUAGUCUGGCACAUUAACCUGGUGAUCUUAUAUCCGAGGCCUUCAAGUCUCUUCCAUGUCCCUUCCGCAGCUCUUCUUCAUAUUUUCCUUUCACUCGUGGGAACUCCAGCUUGGUAGUGUUUUUGACCCUUUUCAACAAAUCAGCCCCUUUCCCAUAGUCCAGAUUAGACUCCAUGUGGUAUUUUAAGACAUGUUUCAAAUUCCCUCCAAAAUUGAGAGACCCAACAGAUCCAAUCAUAUGACGGCCCAUUGCCAGACUCGGAAAGUCCAAACAUCUCUGCAUAGGGGGGUCAGUCCAACCCCCCAUUUCCAAAUCAAUCCAAACUUUAUCUUUCAAAAUCUGGUUUUUUCCAAGUUCAUUUAUCAGAUCCAAAGGCUCAUUUUCCUGCAGGGCCAAAAGUUCCUCCCUUUCUGGCGCCCAAGAUUCAGCAACAUCCUCUUCUCUCAACUGUUCUGUCAUGGCACACUCCUGUUUAAGUUCCUGGGUGGGCUCCAUAUAGUUUCCCACUACCUGUUCAAAUGUUCUGGCCGCAUUAGUCAUCAAAUCCAUCUUCUGGCUUAACUGAUCCAAUAGGGCAUUUAUUUUACAGAAAGCACCCAACAGUGCUUCUGAAAACAUUGUCCUGCAAGGUCACAAGUCCUUUCCCACGGUUGUAAUCUGUGGCAGCUGCAAGCUCCCUAAAAUUAGUUACAGUUUCACAGUCCCCCUCUAGGGGGAAAACUUCUGGUUGUUCUUUCUUUUAAGGACAAUAGCAACAAAGUUUCUUUCUUUCUUUUUUAGGAUAUUUUGUCAAUAUUUGUUCCUUUAAAAUGCGAAAGGAAACAGUGGAAUCACAAUGUUACUCUUCUUUUAACUAUCUGUCAAAAACAUUUGUGUCUGGUCAAUGAGCUUCAAACGUCAAUUCUGACACCCCGCUCCAGGAUCAGGACGGUGGAAAGUUACUUUACUUUAAACUCACUUCUGCAGGUUUAAACAGUCCAAAAAAGAUCCCCCUUCUUCUCCUGCUACCGAAGGGGGGUUCAACGAUUUUAAAUGGUGAAAACCAAUCCUUUGAAAGUGAUUUUCUAAGCUCUAGUUUACGUUGUCUUUGCUUUCUUCUGACUACAAGGAAACGGAAGGCUGACUUCCUGUUUAGACCUUCCCGUUUCAGUACCAAAUUAAGGUAAAUUUUUAAGUCCAAUUCCUUUCUAAUCGCCAGUUCUUAUUUGAAGUCCAAUUGUUCAAUGUUUAAGUACUCACGGGUGAUUAUUUUAGAUGCCAAAUUGUCCCAGGAAAAGGCAGCGCUCUCUGGCAAUGGCUAUGCGGCUUCGCUCCACGGAAAAAGCAAUUGACUCACAGCACCGCGCCACUUCCCCUCUUCGCCCGGAGCCCGUUAGUGGGUUCCUUUGCGGGUUGGGGGGGCGCUAAGGGUGCCCGCCGAGUCCCACGGUCACAGGCUUCAUCUGCCUGUGAUUUCUAAAAGGGUCCCCGCUUCACCGCAGUGGAAAGACCCGUUUCGCGCGGAGCUGGUCCCUCCGGUUCAGAGGGAGCCCGCCAUUGCCAAUGGCGCCACCCCGGAAGUCCAGGAGCUGUGGGAGGUUUAAAGGGCUGAAAGCAUCACUUUGAAUUAGGCCAGAGCAGUUUCCACAAGAAACAGUGUUAAAUGUUGUUGUUGUUGUUGUUGUUGUUCACCACCAUUCAUAGAUAACAGGGCAGUUCACAACAUAAAAAUACAAGAUAAAUAACACAGAAUACAAAACAAAAACAAAAAUGAAGCAAUAGCCCACGUCCCCUGCUGCAAACAGAUCUGCUCCUCCUUCUUCCCAUCAGCCACAGAGCCCUGCCUUCUGCACUAGCCAGAUUCCAAACCGUCUCCAAAGGCAGGCCCAUGCGCAACGCAUUGCAGCAGUCUCCCAGUGCUUGCUUGGGGCCGUGACUCCACUGUGCUCUGGGGGGGCAGGGCCCACGUCCUGCAGCCGCUCUGAGCCUCUUGCGCGCUGAAGCUGCGUCUCUCCCCGCAGGUCAACCAGGGCAACAUGCCUGGACUGCAGAGCACCUUCCUGGCCAUGGACACAGAGGAAGGCGUGGAGGUCGUGUGGAAUGAGCUGCAGUUCACGGACAAGGCGGCUUUCAAAGCUCAUGAGGUGAGGCUGGCAACCCCCUAGACCUUGGGGGUGGUGCACACCAAGCACUCUUCCCCAAAGAAGGCGGUGCUUCCCCCUGCCCAGCUCCAGACCCCCAGCUUGUUCCCCAUGGCUGAGUCUCCCCUCCCUGCCCACUUCCUCUGGCAACAGGAGAAGAUCAAGACCAUGUUUGAGCAGCUGGUUGUCGUUGACCACCCCAACAUCGUGAAGGUCCACAAGUACUGGCUGGAUGUGAAGGAAAUCAAGGCCCAGGUGAGGCAGGGGGCCCCCACGGAGGCUUGGCAGGGCUGCCCGCAGCCCCAGGGAUACGCCCUCCACGAUACGGGCCCAGACCUUACCCUGAGUGGGGAAACAGGUUGAGGGUGACCACCAUUGGGGAGGUGGGCUUGUGUAGGGGUCUCAGGGGCAGAGGAACUGCUUUCCAGAUGGGAACCCUUGGGUUCAAUCCUGGCAGUGUCUCCCAUCUCAGCUGGAGCGGCAGCAGCUGCUGAGGCUGCCAGCGCAGGGCUGACUUGGCAAGACCCUCCUGCCAGGUGACCGAGAGCCUGACUUGGUCAUGUCAGAGUGGAGGGGAGCCCCACACAUCCAAAGUCUGGUGCCCAUUCCCUGGUUUCGGCAAAGCCAUUGUGUACGAAAUAGCCACCUGGCUGGUGCCCAGAAAGAAAGGUAGCAGGUCCAGGGCAGGAUCCUAAGGAUAGUAAGAGCCCGGCGGAAGGGAGGAUUCCUAGAACCUUCUUUCUGUUGGGGGCUGGGUUUGUCUUUGGGUGCCCCUUUCCAGACCUUGCCGAUGGAGGAGCCUCUCCCCCUUGGGGCUACUGUGGGAAAUGCGGUGCCUGAGAUGCUUCCUGGGGCAUCAGGUCAACCCCUCAGGUUCACCCACCUGGUCCCCCCCACCAGGUGAUCUUCAUCACAGAGUACGUCUCCUCCGGAAGCCUGAAGCAGUUCCUCAAGAAGACCAAGAAGAACCACAAGGCUAUGAAUGCCCGGGUAGGACCCCUGCCUGCCCCCCAGGCCCCACUUCCCCCAGGCCCCUGCAGAGAUGCUCCAGUUUGUCCCCCAGGGCGACAGGUGUGGUACAAGGGCAGGUAGGGGGGCUGGGGGAAAGCCAGAGGAACCCUUGCAACAGGAGCAGCAGGUCAGGCAAGACAUAUCUUCCUCUGAAGGAAGCUACUCCCCACAGGCUGACUGGGGCCCCCCCGAUGGGUGGGUGAAGGUGGAUUCAGGGCAGGCGGCUGCCCUGUCCAGGUGGAAGCUGCUCCUGUUGAGCGAAAAAGGCACUGAGUCGAUGUGGUGGCGGGGGGUGGGUGUCUCCUGAGCUGACUUGAUCUCUCAUUGCUCCCCCUACCAAAAAACAAAACAGGCUUGGAAGCGCUGGUGCACUCAGAUCCUCUCGGCCCUCAGGUGAGCCUCCACUGCUGCUGCUCCCCCCGCAGUGCCUCAGCCCCACCAUCUCUGUGGGGAGAAGCAGUCCAAUGCCCCUCGACUCUCUUCCUGUUGCAGCUACCUGCACUCUUGCGACCCCCCCCAUCAUCCACGGGAAUCUCACCAGUGACACCAUCUUCAUCCAGCACAAUGGGCUCAUCAAGAUCGGGUCAGGUACGGAGCAGGUCCUGGGCCUUGGCAGGAGGGACCCCUGGGGGGGAAGAACCGCUUUGCUACCCGUGGAGCAAACUGACACGGGAGGACAUAGUCCGGCCCCACAGCUGCCCCAGUGGCCAGGCAGGGGCCUCAAGGCUACAUUUGAAAGCCUUUCCUCUGCUGCUUCACAGAAGCACUUGCUUUUCAGUAACUCUCCCUCCCUGUUCUCUCCCUGCAGUUUGGCACAGAGUCUUUGCGAAGGGUAAGUGCUGCCUCUUCCUCUUGCCCCCCAAAUGUAUUCCCUGUCCUGUUUCAUAGGGAGCGGCAGGCGGGUUUUCCUCCGCAUUCUUCAGGGCUCCAGGUCUUGUGUUUGACCAGAGGCAGCACAGCCCCCUUAAGUUCCAGGAGUGCUGGAUUGCUUCCUCGUGAGGACCUUCUCUGGGUCACUUGGGCUUCGGGGGCAAUGGAGUGUGUGGGUGUUGGGGGGGUCCCCGACCUCUGUUCUGGCCCCAGUCCAUUCCUGGAGGCUGUGGGAUCUCUCGCAACCUGCUGCCUGGGGGAGGAUGGGCCCCUCUAGACUGUGCUGUCACUUACGGUAAGCCCUUCAGAAGCACCGCUGCCUCUGGCUGUGGAAGGGAGAGCCGAGCCAUGGUGGCUGCAGCCAUCGAUGGCCCUCUUCUCCGUGAAGUUGUGUAACCCUCUUUUCAAGGCCUCCACGCUGGUGGCUGCCACUGGCUCCUGCAGGAGGGAGUUCCAUAGUUUAAUCCUUGUAUCCACCCUGGAUGCUCCAGCCUUCCUCUCCCUUCUCGCCCACCUACAGCCAUCCCGCCUGAGCUCCGCAGCCCCAUCCGUGCAGAGAGAGAGGAGCAGCGCAACCUGCACUUCUUCCCCCCGGAGUACGGGCGUGAGUAGUGGUGUAAGAGCCCGCUGGAGGGUGGGCGGGGCUUCCCUGGAGGCGGGGCUUCCCUGGAGGCGGGGCUUUGGCCAGCUGGGUCUGGUUGUGCUUGCUUUUCAGACGUGGCAGAUGGGACGGCUGUGGACAUCUUCUCCUUUGGGAUGUGCGCUCUGGAGGUAGGGAAGCUGGGGCGUGCGGAUGGCCACCCAGGGGUCCUGAUGACCCUGCCCUCGGGGGUGGGGGUGGCUCCCUUCCCCACAUCCACCACCUCUCCAGCAGGGGCUCCUUCCCAGGGCCAGGCACUGUCUUCUGGCAAAAGGGCUGCUUCCAGCCGUGCUGCCCCUUUCAUUCUGCCCCAGCUGCACCCCCUUGCCCCCUCCCCUCUGCUUCUCCCCACAGAUGGCGGUGCUGGAGAUCCAGUCCAAUGGGGACACCUACGUGUCGGAGGAGGCAAUUGAGCGGGCGAGGCAUUCUCUGGAUGACCCCAUCAUGCGGGUGAGAAAGCCGCUUGGCCACCUCCCCACACGGGUGGCACAGCAGGGGAUCAGGCUGCCUGCCCGUCUGGUGGCUGUGGCAACCCCUCUGCCCCCAGCCCCAUUGUAGACGCCUGGAACACCCCACUGCCCUUUCUCUGAGGGUGAAUGCUGCCAGGCAUGUGAGCAGCAUGAAAGUGAGGCCUGCCUGCUGCUGUGGCAAAGCCCGGACACCUCUGGACAUUACAGGGGAAUCUGGCUUCCCAACAAGCCACGAGUAGCAAAGGAGGAACAAGCCUUGGCUCCAGCUGGAGGGCUGUGUUGGGAGUCUGGGGCCUGUGCUGGCGGCACCAGGAUGGACGGACAGAUGGACGGAUGGAGCUUGCGCCUUCUCCCUGCCAAGCCAUCGCUGGGCUUUGCGUGAUGCAUGAACUAGGUCAGGGACGUCCAACUCCCAAUAGACUGCGAUCUACUCACAGUAUAAAAAACUGGCAGUGAUCUUCCCAUUGUCGUAAAAAGACUGGCAGUGAUCUACCCAAAGUUGUAGGUGCUUUUUUAGGAAGCCAAAGUUGGGGUGGUUUUUUUGCUUUUUGUAAUUUAUUGCCUUGAUUACUGCCUUCAUGGAUCACUGCCUUGCCGUGGCGAAGGGGCUUGAAUAACUCAGAGAAGCUAUGAGCUAUGCCGUGCAGGGCCACUCAAGAUGGACAGGUCAUAGUGGAGAGUUUUGAGCAAAUGUGAUCCACCUGGAGCAGGAACCAGCAAGCCACUCCAGUAUCCCUGCCAAGAAAACUCCAUGGACAAAGGCAACAGGCAUAUAAAAGUUAUGACGCUGUUCCCAGUCAGCGAACAUGAUGUUAUGUCCAACAUCUUGUGCCCAUUUAAUCAUAGCAGAUUUCACCGUUUCAUCCUGAGUAUCCCAUUUCAGCAGCAAGUUAUACAUUCUUGACAAAUUCUUAGUUUUGGAUUCUAACAGUUCUGUUUCUAAUUUUGAUUUUUCCACCUGGAAACCAAUUUUCUUAUCCAAAUUGUAUCCCUCCAUUAUCUGAUAAUAAUGAAGCCUGUCUGGCACUUUGUUUUAUAUUUUUUCAAAACUCUGCAAUUUCAAUCUGUCUCCAUCUUGUUCCAAAAUUUCCCAAUAUUUUGGCCAUUUGACCUCCAUAUUGAGCUUUUUCAAGGCUUUCGCUUCCAUUGGUGACAGCCACCUUGGAGUUUUGUUCUCUAGUAAAUCCUUGUAUCUUAUCCAAACAUUAAACAAUGCUUUUUUGUAAUCACUGCCUUGAUUACUGCCUUCAUGGAUCACUGCCUUGCCGUGGUGAAGGGGCUUGAAUAACUCAGAGAAGCUAUGAGCUAUGCCGUGCAGGGCCACUCAAGAUGGACAGGUCAUAGUGGAGAGUCUUGAUGCAACGUGAUCCACCUGAGCAGGAACCGCAAGCCACUCCAGUAUCCCUGCCAAGAAAACUCCAUGGACAAAGGCAACAGGCAUAUAAAAGUUAUGACGCUGGAAGAUGAGCCCCUCAGGUCGGAAGGCGUCCAACAUGCUACUGAGGAAGAGUGGAGGACAAGUACAAGUAGAUCCAGAGCUGAUGAAGCGGCUGGGCCAAAGCUGAAAGGAUGCUCAGUUGCGGAUAUGCCUGGAAGUGAAAGGAAACGCCAAUGCUGUAAAGAAAAAUAUUGCAUAGGAACCUGGAAUGUAAGAACCAUGAACCUUGGUAAGUUGGAUGUGGUCAAAAAUGAGAUGGCAAGAAUAAAUAUUGACAUCCUGGGCAUCAGUGAACUAAAAUGGACGGGAAUGGGCGAAUUCAGUUUGGAUGACCAUCAUAUCUACUACUGUGGGCAAGAAUCCCGUAAAAGAAAUGGAGUGGCCCUCAUAGUCAACAAAAGAGUGGCGAAAGCUGUACUGGGAUGCAAUCUCAAAAAUGAUAGAAUGAUCUCGAUACGAUUCCAAGGCAGACCUUUUAACAUCACAGUAAUCCAAGUUUAUGCACCAACCACUGGUGCUGAAGAAACUGAAAUUGACCAAUUCUAUGAAGACUUACAACACCUUAUAGAAAUGACACCAAAAAGGAUGUUCUUCUCAUUAUAGGGGAUUGGAAUGCUAAAGUAGGGAGUCAAGAGAUAAAAGGAACAACUGGCAAGUUUGGCCUUGGAGUUCAAAACGAAGCAGGGCAAAGGCUAAUAGAGUUCUGCCAAGAGAACAAGCUGGUCAUCACAAACACUCUUUUCCAACAACACAAGAGACGACUCUACACAUGGACAUCACCAGAUGGGCAGCAUCGAAAUCAGAUUGAUUAUAUUCUCUGCAGCCAAAGAUGGAGAAGCUCUAUACAGUCAGCAAAAACAAGACCUGGAGCUGACUGUGGCUCAGAUCAUCAGCUUCUUAUAGCAAAAUUCAAGCUUAAACUGAAGAAAGUAGGAAAAACCACUGGGCCGGUAAGAUACAAUCUAAGUCAAAUCCCUUAUGACUACACAGUGGAACCGAGGAACAGGUUUAAGGAUUUAGAUCUGGUGGACAGAGUGCCUGAAGAACUAUGGAUGGAGGCUCGUAACAUUAUACAGGAGGCAGCAACUAAAACCAUCCCAAUGAAAAGGAAAUGCAAGAAAGCCAAGUGGCUGUCCAAUGAGGCCUUACAAAUAGCGGGGGAGAGAAGGCAAGCAAAACACGAGGGAGAUAGUAAAAGAUACAGGAAAUUGAAUGCAGAUUUCCAAAAAAUAGCAAGGAGAGACAAGAAGGCCUUCUUAAACGAGCAAUGCAAAGAAAUAGAGGAAAACAACAGAAUGGGAAGAACCAGAGAUCUGUUUAAGAAAAUUGGAGAUAUGAAAGGAACAUUUCGUACAAAGAUUACCAUAAUAAAAGACAAAAGUGGAAAGGACCUAACAGAAGCAGAAGACAUCAAGAAGAGGCGGCAAGAAUACACAGAGGAAUUAUACCAGAAAGAAAUGGAUGUCUCGUACACUCCAGGUAGUGUGGUUGCUGACCUUGAGCCAGACAUCCUGGAGAGUGAAGUCAAAUGGGCCUUAGAAAGCACUGCUAAUAACAAGGCCAGUGGAAGUGAUGAUAUUCCAGCUGAACUAUUUAAAAUUUUAAAAGAUGAUGCUGUCAAGGUGCUACACUCAAUAUGCCAGCAAAUUUGGAAAACUCAGCAGUGGCCAGAGGAUUGGAGAAGAUCAGUCUACAUCCCAAUCCCAAAGAAGGGCAGUGCCAAAGAAUGCUCCAACUACCGCACAAUUGCACUCAUUUCACACGCUAGCAAGGUUAUGCUUAAAAUUCUACAAGGCAGACUUAAGCAGUAUGUGGACCAAGAACUCCCAGAAGUGCAAGCUGGAUUUAGAAGAGGCAGAGGAACCAGAGACCAAAUUGCAAACAUGUGCUGGGUUAUGGAGAAAGCUAGAGAGUUCCAGAAAGACUUCUACUUCUGCUUCAUUGACUAUGCAAAAGCCUUUGACUGUAUCGACCACAGCAAACUAUGGCAAGUUCUUAAAGAAAUGGGAGUGCCUGAUCACCUCAUCUGUCUCCUGAGAAAUCUCUAUGUGGGACAAGAAGCUACAGUCAGAACUGGAUAUGGAACAACUGAUUGGUUCAAAAUUGGGAAAGGAGUACGACAAGGCUGUAUAUUGUCUCCCUGGUUAUUUAACUUAUAUGCAGAAUUCAUCAUGCGAAAGGCUGGGCUGGAUGAAUCCCUAGCCGGAAUUAAGAUUGCUGGAAGAAAUAUCAACAACCUCAGAUAUGCAGAUGACACAACCUUGAUGGCAGAAAGUGAGGAGGAAUUAAAGAACCUUUUAAUGAGGGUGAAAGAGGAGAGCGCAAAAUAUGGUCUGAAGCUCAACAUCAAAAAACGAAGAUCAUGGCCACUGGUCCCAUCACCUCCUGGCAAAUAGAAGGGGAAGAAAUGGAGGCAGUGAGAGAUUUUACUUUUUGGGCUCCAUGAUCACUGCAGGAUGGUGACAGCAGUCACGAAAUUAAAAGACGCCUGCUCCGUGGGAGACAUGCUAUGGCAAACCUAGACCUCAUCUUAAUAAGCAGAGACAUCACCUUACCAACAAAGGUCCGUAUAGUUAAAGCCAUGGUUUUCCCAGUAGUGAUGUAUGGAAGUGAGAGCUGGACCAUAAAGAAGGCUGAUCGCUGAAGAAUUGAUGCUUUUGAAUUCUGGUGCUGGAGGAGACUCUUGAGAGUCCCAUGGACUGCAAGAAGAUCAAACCUAUCCAUUCUGAAGGAAAUCAGCCCUGAGUGCUCACUGGAAGGACGGAUCCUGAAGCUGAGACUCCAAUGCUUUGGCCACCUCAUGAGAAGAGAAGACUCCCUGGAAAAGACCCUGGUGUUGGGAAAGAUGGAGGGCACAAGGAGAAGGGAACGACAGAGGAUGAGAUGGUUGGACAGUGUUCUUGAAGCUACAAACAUGAGCCUGACCAAACUGCGGGAGGCGGUGGAAGACAGGAGGGCCUGGCGUGCUCUGGUCCAGGGGGUCACGAAGAGUCGGACACGACUAAACGAAUAAACAACAACAACAAAGGAGAUGGCUGAGGGGCCAGAGGUCAACCACAAUCAACCAGGAAUAUGCCGUGAUCUACCAGUAGAUCAUGAUCUACCUGUUGGACACGCCUGAAGCAAGCCAUCGUGAAAGGAUUGGGACGCCCCAUGGCUGCGGGGGAGGUGGGCAGCUUUACUGCAGAGGAAGAGCCUGCUGGAUCAGGCCAAAGGGGCUCAUCUAGUCCAGCAUCCUCUUCUCAUGGUGGCCAACCUGGUGCCCAUUGUGGGAAACCUGCAAGCAGGGUUCUGUCCCCCUAUGGCGUGGGGGGCCCAGAGGCCGGAUCCAGCCCAAUCACCUUCUAAAUCCAGCCCGCGGACAGUCCAGGAAUCAGCAUGUUUUUACAUGAGUAGAAUGUGUCCUUUUAUUUAAAAUGCAUCUCUAGGUUGUUUGUGGGGCAUAGGAAUUCAUUCCUCCUCCCCCCCCCUUCAAAAUAUAGUCUGGCCCCCCACAAGGUCUGAGGGACGGUGGACCGGCCCCUUGCUGAAAAAGUUUGCUGCCCCCUGCCCCAUGGUUUCCACCCACUGGAACUGAGAAGCCCCUCUGCCCCCAGCUGUGGAGACAGAGCCCAGCCACCUCCAUGCAGAGGAUGCUUCAGCCCCUUUGGCAAUCCCAGUUCUGCGUCAAGCAGGGCCUCAGAGGCCAGAGCCAGGAAGCUCCCAGGAGGCAAGGCAGGUCCUCGGGGGGGGGGGGGAGCCAAUGUGUGUCCCACGUGGCAAUUCCCUGGCAGCGUCUCAGCUGCCCACUUCUGCGCUCCCUGCCCUUUCUCCUGCUCUGCCUGGACACUGUGGCCACUGAUCUGUGGCUUUUCCUGGCCGGCCUCUUGGCUGUGGUGCCCGGCUCUCCUGGCAGGAGGCUGGCGCUGAGCCCAGCUUCCCCUAAGACCCCGCCCCCCGCUGCCCCUGUGUCCUUGCAGGAGUUCAUCCUGGGCUGCCUCCUCCUGAACCCGGACCGGCGUCCUACGGCUCACAACCUCCUUUUCCACCGCGUCCUCUUUGAGGUCCACUCCCUGAAGCUCCUGGCCGCUCACUGCUUCAUCAGCAACCAGUGUGAGUUGGGGAGGGGGUGGGAGUGGGGGCACCUGGGAAGGGCGCCCCCCCCCCGGCCGGGCCAUCCUGCUUCAGCCCCAACCAGCCCUGCCUGCCUGAUUCUUGCAGACCUGUGGCCUGAGAAUGUGGUGGAAGAGAAAACCAAGCAGCUGGACCUCAGCAUCGUCAUGGCAGAGAUCCAGCGAGAGGGUCGCCCGCCUGUGCAGUGGAGGUGGGCAGCCAGGGAAAUGGGUGGGGCUGGGCAAAGGGAACCCCCACCCCACCCCCAGCCAGCCAGCCAGCCAGCAACUCAUUCCUUUUCUUCCCUUUAGAUACUCAGAAGUUUCCUUCCUGGAGCUGGACAAGUUCCUGGAGGAUGUGAGGUGAGUCUGUGCAUGGGCUGCACAUGUGGGUCUGUGCAGGACCCCCUGCCCCCUUCAUGCCCCACAGCAGGAUUCCAAGGGUGCAGCUCCCUUGCCUUCUGGGACUGCAGAGGAGCAGCCCUGCUUUUUGCCUCCCCCCCCCCUUCCAGGAAUGGGGGGUGAGGCAGACGGAUGGAUGAAGAAGCCGAGCUGCUGCUCUCUUAGGGGGCUGAGCCCCAGAGCCCCCUCUCCCCCUACCCUCUUGGGCUCUGGCUGCCAGUCUCCACCGGGCUGUGGGGUCCAUGGGGCUGAUGCUCCUAGCGGGCCUAUCUUUCUCUCCUUUCACCCCAGGAACGGCAUUUAUCCCCUGAUGAACUUUGCUGCUACCCGCCCCCACACGCUUCCCAGAUCGACAUCCCAGCCCCCCGAGGACCCUCAGAAGGCCAAGACGCCCACGCCAGAGCCCUUUGAUGUGGAGACCAGAAAGGUAAGAGCAGCCCUUGCAGAGUUGCAACGGAGCGGCCAGAGGGUCUGCUCCACAUGUGCAAUAUCCUGACCUCAGCCCCCCAAGGGCAUCUUUGGGGUGGGGGGCUUGGAAAGUCCCCAGCCUGCAUCCCUGGGGGAAACCAGUGUAGGCUCGGUGGAGCCCCCCAGGCUCUGGCCUCAGCACCCACAGGGGACCCCCUUCCCCAGCCUCCCCUCCAGCGUGGGGUGGGGGCCAAGGAGCCCCCUCCUGAGGAGUGUCCCUGCCUCCCCCCCCAGGUGGUGCAGAUGCAGUGCGGCAUGGAGUGGAGCGAGGAGAAGAGGCAAUGGCGGGUACGUCCCCCCCCCUUCCUGGGCAGGGCUGGGAAGAGGGCAGGAGGGAGCCCUGGCUGUGGGGCAGAGGAGAGGCGGCAGCUCUGUGGGUGCCCUGCAGGUGCCGUCAGCCAGCCUCCCCUUCUCACACAUGGGGGGGGAAGGUUCUCCCUCAAGAGCUCCCCCCCCCCAUACACUCUCCAUGUGUGUCCUCCCAGCUCACGCUCCUUCUGGUCCUGGAAGACAAACUUCACCGCCAGCUGAGCUACGACCUGCUGCCAAGUGAGUGGACUCCCCAUUCCCCCAGGGCAGGUGGGCCUCCCCGGUACCCACCCCUCACAGUUGCCUGGUUCUUGGACCCGAGACAUUGGUGGAGGGCUCCCAGUGGCACAGCCAUGGCCUUGGGGGGCUGCUUUGUUGGCCUGGGGUCAGCUGUGCCUCCCACGCUUUGUGGGGGUCCCUCCCCACGCCAGUCUUCCUUUCGCCUCUCACUCACUGCCACGAGGCUUGAAAUACCAGCCGGCCCUCCGGCCCUUUGGUGACCCCCCCUUCAGCAGCUCCUCCUCCUCCUCUCCUCCGCAGAUGACAAUCCCAAGGACUUGGCUGUGGAGCUUGUGCACUAUGGAUUCAUCAGCCCGGUGAGCUUUUUCAGGGCCCACCCCCUGGUGAAAGGGGGGAGGAGGGAAGCAAAUGAGAGAGAAAAGGAAGGUUUGUUUGAGGCAAGAGAUCUGGUCCUGCUCCUCCCAGGGAUUAAGCAGGUGAAAAACAGGUGGGGCUGCAUUUUUCAGUCAGUUCUGUCUGCCUAGGAAAAUAAUCCAAGCUGUCAAGUUCCACAAGCGCUUUCUCUUUCUUUCUUUCUUUCUUUCUUUCUUUCUUUCUUUCUUUCUUUCUUCUCCCCUUUCUCUUUGUGUGCCUUUUUCUGCGUAGCCUCUGCCCCUCCCUACCCAGCGUGGCCAGUGGCUACAGUGGGAGUUGUGGAUCAACAAUUCCGGGAGGGCGACAGCCCCCACCUCCAGCCCCCCACCCCUGCUGGGCUGUGGGCUCCUGCCUUCCUGAUCCCCCUCAGUCAGCUGACAUGGGGGCACCAAAAGGCCCUCCUCUUCCAGGGCUACCCUCUCAAACUCAGGUUACGAUACGAUACGAUACGAUAAUCUUUAUUGUUAUUGUCCCAUAGAACAGAACAACGAAAUUGAAAAAAUCUACACCAGACAUUCAAAAACCAACAAGCCUGCUAUCCCAGCUAUUCCAGCCUAGUUAACCCCCUAAAAACUCUGAUACCCCAUAAUUAAAUACAAUAUACUCCCACAGAGACUACCUUACACUGCGUUUAAAACCAAAAUCGCAUUUGGAUAAAAACUGUUUCUCAGGCGGCUGGUUUGAUGAGCCACAUGCAAAGCUGCAGAGGCAGACUGCCAAUUCUCCACCCUCUUUUUCAAAUCUAUUUUGAUUAUUACAUUUCUAUCCCCCCCCUUUCCUGCCAAGAAGUGGCACACACGGUGCUCCCCCUCCCCAUUUCAUCCUUGCAUCAACCCUGUCAGCCAGGCGAGGGAUGGCAACUGGCCCAAGGUCACCUGGCAGGGAGCCGAGAGCCAGCUCAGAGCCAGCCCUGUGUUCAAUUUCUUGCUGGGUUCCCUGGAAGUUGGGGGCAGAGAGAAAGGGCAUGGAAGAGCUGGGGCGGAAGGCAGUGGGGCAAAUGCCCCAGGCUGCACUUGGACAGAAGCCUCCCCCUAGGGGCCAACUGGGAGGAGGAGGGGGGCUGCCACUGAGGCCCAGCAUGGGGGAGCGGGAGGGGAGCCCCCGCUGACCCUGCCUCUUCUUCUCCCCCAGGACGACUGUGACAAGCUGGCCGCCUUCCUCGAAAGCGCCUUCCGCAAGCAGCACCCUCCUCCUUCCUGA